AUGACAUCUUGGGAACACGAUGCACAAAAGCACGGCCGACAACUGCUGCAUGCAGCCUCAACGCGUACUGGCGGUGGUCUUCCAGUUAUAUCCCCCGAGGACACCACGAAUUGCAAGGUGCUGGAGGUAGCGAGCGAUGGUCAUUGCGCUCUGCACCGCAUCUACAGGCUGCUGCACCCCGAGCGAGAUAGCGUCUUCGGUGCACUAGCAAGCGAGACAACACAGACCCGCAAAGACGUCGUCCUCGAAAUGAUAGCUGCUGUUUUCUCUGAGGACUACGAGCAGCUAGUGGNUCCAGUUAUAUCCCCCGAGGACACCACGAAUUGCAAGGUGCUGGAGGUAGCGAGCGAUGGUCAUUGCGCUCUGCACCGCAUCUACAGGCUGCUGCACCCCGAGCGAGAUAGCGUCUUCGGUGCACUAGCAAGCGAGACAACACAGACCCGCAAAGACGUCGUCCUCGAAAUGAUAGCUGCUGUUUUCUCUGAGGACUACGAGCAGCUAGUGGACAACACGGUGGUGUCUGGCGAGGAAAUGCUGAGACUUGGCAAGCUCGGCUACGAGAGGGGUUUCUACCGAAAGCGCACCCCCUCCGCCGGCCGAGCUGCUAGCGCUGUAAGACCCAAACCACUGAAGACUAUGCGACAGGUGGUGGCGGGCAUCGAUGAUCAACUGGAGCACGAUUACUUGGCAGUAGGUCAGCUAGCGUUAGUAGCUGCGGUGAAACGUUGCAAUAUCGCGGUCUGGGAAGCAAAAACUGGAGGUGGACUUCGAAUCGUGGAAAUAGGCGACAUCACGGGCAUUUUCGUUGGCGAUCUUAACCGGGAUGAGUAUCUGCACCUGGUGUACAAUUACUUCGGGGGCUACAAAGCAGCUACGUAUGCUGCGGGGACGGCUACAGUGCGCACCCCAACCAGCAGCAACGUGGCGGAAAGAAAACUCAACCACUUGAGCGCCAUCGUUAUCCCACAAGAAUCCGUCCCAUGGGCAAAGCCGUACAUGCUUCAACGGCGAUCCUCUGGUGGAUCUGUCUUUGGGCACGAGAAACCUCCAGACAGUUUUUGCCCGUGCCCGACCACAUCGGAAAAGUGUCCGAUGAAACAUCAGGGCUCUCCCGUGCCGAUCGACGUGGAUGACGAGACCGAGACAAGCAGCAGCGUGCGAUCACGACCUUCUGCUGGAGGUUCCCGGCCCGUCAAAACGGCGUCACCCAGGGAUGUACCGGAGCGGAAGGCAACGCCGCGCUGGGAAAGCGGUGAUGAACCCCACGCGGAAGAUGCUGCGGGGUCGGAGACGCUAGAGGGAGGUGGUGCCGGCGUAGCUCCCUCAAAAAUGAAGCGUGGAACGCGGGGGCGCCGCAGCACUUGCACUGCAAAAUUCGCAAGCGGCCCUAAGCAAGCCGGCAGGGUAGUCGGAGCCGAGCCUGAGGGGGACGACGACAUGAGUGACGGCGGUAGUGAGGGCGAGUUUCCGGGGGACGCAGCAGACUACGACCAGGAUGUAUUCGUGAGUGGCAAGAGCCCUC